GCUUUGACAGGCGUGGCACAGGGAGCAGUGCCCGACCACGGUUCUGUGGAGCGAAGCUGUGAGGGACAGGCUUGGUCAUGGACCCGCUUUCAGAGUUGCAGGAUGACCUGACCUUGGAUGACACCAGCCAGGCUCUGAACCAGCUGAAGCUAGCCUCCAUUGAUGAGAAGAACUGGCCCUCAGACGAGAUGCCCGACUUCCCCAAGUCAGAUGACUCCAAAAGCAGCUCCCCGGAACCCGUGACACACCUGAAGUGGGAUGACCCUUACUACGACAUCGCCCGGCACCAGAUUGUGGAGGUGGCAGGAGACGACAAGUAUGGGCGGAAGAUCAUCGUGUUUAGUGCCUGCCGAAUGCCCCCGAGCCACCAGCUGGACCACAGCAAGCUCCUGGGGUACAAGAAGAACAUUAAGGCUCUGUACAUCGUGCACCCCACCAUGUUCAUCAAGACCCUGCUCAUCCUCUUUAAGCCCAUCAUUAGUUUCAAGUUUGGGCAGAAGAUCUUCUAUGUGAAUUACCUGAGUGAGCUGAGCGAGCAUGUGAAGCUGGAGCAACUGGGGAUCCCUCGCCAAGUGCUCAAGUAUGAUGACUUCCUCAAAUCCACACAGAAGAGCCCUGCGACAGCCCCCAAGCCCAUGCCACCACGGCCCCCUUUGCCCAACCAGCAGUUUGGGGUCUCGUUGCAGCACCUCCAGGAGAAGAACCCAGAGCAGGAGCCCAUUCCGCUUGUGCUCCGGGAGACUGUUGCCUACCUGCAGGCUCACGCUCUCACUACUGAGGGGAUUUUCCGGAGAUCAGCCAACACUCAAGUUGUGCGGGAAGUACAGCAGAAGUACAACAUGGGGCUGCCUGUGGACUUUGACCAGUACAAUGAUUUGCACCUGCCGGCGGUCAUCCUCAAGACCUUCCUCCGGGAGCUUCCUGAGCCCUUGCUCACCUUUGACCUUUACCCCCACGUUGUGGGCUUCCUCAACAUUGAUGAGAGCCAGAGAGUGGGGGCAACGCUGCAGGUGCUCCGGACGCUGCCUGAGGAGAACUACCAGGUGCUUCGUUUCCUCACUGCCUUCCUGGUGCAGAUUUCUGCCCACUGUGACCAGAACAAGAUGACCAACACUAACCUGGCUGUUGUCUUCGGCCCUAACCUGCUGUGGGCCAAGGAUGCUGCCAUCACCCUCAAGGCCAUUAAUCCCAUCAACACGUUCACCAAGUUCCUUCUGGAUCACCAAGGGGAAUUGUUCCCCAGCCCUGACUCGGGAGGGCUCUGAGCCCUGCCCCACCACCCUUCCCAGCUUCGGCCUUAUGAGUCUGGGGCUCCUGCCCAGGAAAGGGGCCAUGAGGCCCUGGGAGCUGGAAGCUGGAGCCAGCCAGUUGGGCAGCUCUUCCUCCCCUUCUGUCCAGCCCACCUGGCCAGCCCUGGAGACCUCGCUGUAACCACGAGACAUUUUUCUUCGCC